AUGCUCCAGUUUAUUAAGUUUUGUAUGUAUACCCUUUCAGUAUGGACAUUACAAUAUGGAAAUAAGUUUCCUAUAGUUUGUAAAUCAUGGGAUAAAAAUGAGAGGCUUACUAGUGUGCCAUUCGAACUAAGAAAUAGAAGACUGCUGAAGGAUGACGCAGACAUGGGGAUUAUGCGACAUUAUGAUAUUCUAAAAAGAGCAUUUAUAAACACGGUAGAAUAUGACAGUAAUGAGAAUUUUCAAGAUGAAAGAAAUCCACGAAUAUAUCGUAAUAAAUAUAAAGAACGAGAUAACUGUUCCAUCCAUGACGACAGCGGUGAUGAAUCCUCUGAUUCUCUAAAAUACAAUAACCGUGAUCAUAAUCCAUAUGACAAAACAAAGUACUCUGAUCAGUACGUAACAGAGCCUAAUGAAUACGACCAAACAUACCCUGAAAUUGUGUCAUAUGUCAUUAAAACAAGCCAGAGUAGUGCCCUAUCUAAGCUGGUCAAUUUUUUGAAAAAAAUGGAUAAAAAUUUUGAGGUAGCAUUGUUACGUUCCAUAAAAUAUAAUGUCAUUAUGGAAGAUGCCUCAGUUAAACAUAAGAGCAAACUUGGCAAACUACUAUACUAUAUGAACGCACAUAAAAUACUAUUCCCACCGAUUGCAUUGCUCAUAAGCGCUUUUGUACUUUUAGCUUUAAAAGUGGGUAAUAUAUAUAUUUAUCCAGUAAUUGUCGUGGGCACUGUAGUGGCAGCUUACUAUUUGGUUAAAGUUAUAAAGUGCAACAAAAUCGGUAAACAGUAUAGAGAAUGUAAAUCUGGGGAUAGGAACGUAGGUUAA